CAUUGGCUGCGUCAGUAGGAUUCGGCAGCGGUCGGAGAUGUGUGGCAGAUGACAGUGUGUUUGCAAAGUUGUGUGUGUGGUAUUUUGUGCAACAUCGUAUGAUAUCUUACUGACCUGUGCUGCUUCCGUUGUUCGCAAUGGCUCCGACGAUGAGUAAAUUCGUAUCGAAGAAUGCCGCAGUAGGAAUUGCUUCUGCCUCAGUCAUCAUUUGGUUAAUCCGAACAAGGAAUAAAAAUCUAAGAGCGCAAAGAAACACACAGCAAGCUCAAAUUCAAUACUUUGUCGGAGAGAAGUCAAAAAACACUGUCAAAGCCCACGUCAAUGCCGCUUUUUUUCGCCAGCUUCGUGAGAUUUUAGGAAUAGUUGUACCAGGUGUAUUUAGCACAGAAUUUGGUUUCCUACUGCUUGUAGCUGCCUCAUUAAUUGCAAGAACUUAUUGUGACUUAUGGAUGAUACAGAAUGGAACCUUCAUUGAAAGUGCUAUUAUUAACAUGGAUAAGAAGAAAUUCAUUCAGAGGCUCUUAAAAUAUGUUGCAGCCAUACCUCUGAUAUCCGUUGUCAACAACAUUCUUAAGUACGGAAUUGGAGAGCUGAAGCUGCGUUUAAGAACACGGCUAACACAUCACCUGUAUGAUCAGUACCUCAGGGGCUUUACAUAUUACAAAAUGAGUAACCUGGAUAAUCGUAUUGCAAAUGCAGAUCAGCUCCUAACAACAGAUGUGGACAAGUUCUGUGAUACAUUUACGGACUUGUAUUCAAAUACAUGCAAACCCAUGCUGGACAUAUUUAUAUAUGUAUAUCGUCUGACAGUGUCAUUGGGGCCACAGACUCCAGUGAUGCUAAUUGCUUACCUAGUUGUAUCGGGCUUCAUUCUCACACACCUUAGGCGACCAAUGGGCCGCAUGACAGUUACUGAACAGAAGCUUGAAGGUGAAUUCAGAUAUAUCAACUCAAGACUAAUUACAAAUUCUGAAGAAGUAGCUUUCUAUCAAGGCAAUAGUCGUGAGAAGCUUACUUUAUUGGCGUCAUUCCAAAAAUUGGUUAAUCAUAUGAGGAAGUUCUUGGAGUUCAGAGUGCUGAUGGGAACCAUUGACAAUCUUGUUGCAAAAUACUGUGCCACAGUAGUUGGCUUUUUUGCAGUGAGCCUGCCAUUUUUGGACCGUAAUCAUCCAGAGCUCGCUAUCUGUGGAGAGCAAGAAAGAUUUAGACUGUACUACACUUACGGGCGGAUGCUUGUAAAACUUGCUGAAGCCAUUGGACGUCUGGUUCUGGCUGGCAGAGAAAUGACAAGGUUAGCAGGCUUCACAGCAAGAGUUACAGAAAUCAUGAGUGUACUUAAAGACCUGAACCAAGGACAUUAUGAGCGUACAAUGGUCUCAGACUCUCGCAAGACUCCAGAAAGGGAUGACAAUGGUCUCAUUAAGAAUGUAAUGAAGCCUAAGAUGCCACUUAUACCAGGAUCAGGAAGAAUAAUUUUCCAGGACAAUAUUAUAAGAUUUGAUCGAGUGCCUUUAGUUACACCCAAUGGAGACAUGCUUGUUGAAGAGUUAACCUUUGAAGUACGAUCAGGCAUGAAUGUUUUAGUGUGUGGUCCAAAUGGCUGUGGCAAGAGCUCACUAUUUAGGGUACUUGGUGAGCUUUGGCCACUGUUUGGAGGAACACUGACAAAGCCACCACGUGGAAAGCUCUUCUACAUUCCUCAACGGCCGUACAUGACACUGGGAACGCUAAGAGAUCAAGUGAUAUACCCACACACACAAGAGGAGAUGCGGCGGAGAGGUAAAACAGAUGCUGACCUAGAACGCCAUCUGGAACGUGUCCAGCUUUCAUACCUGCUCACUCGUGAGGGUGGGUGGGAUGCUAUUGCUGACUGGAUUGAUGUGCUCUCGGGAGGAGAGAAGCAGAGAAUUGCGAUGGCUCGUCUUUUCUAUCAUGCUCCCCAAUUUGCCAUACUGGAUGAGUGCACAUCAGCAGUCAGUGUGGAUGUUGAAGGAUCUAUGUACCGGUAUUGCAGAGAAACUGGCAUCACACUGUUUACUGUUAGCCACAGGAAAUCGCUCUGGCAGCACCAUGAGUAUUACUUACACAUGGAUGGCAGAGGAUCAUUUGAAUUUAAGCCAAUUGAAGAGGAUACACAAGAAUUUGGAUCAUGAAAGGAUGAACCAAACUGGUGAUGAAACGUUUUGGCCUGGUUUGGCUGUGUAACUUUGUAUACAGAGAGUGCCAAUAGGAAACUACACAAAGGAAAAACUCUGUUACAGAAAUUACUUAAUUGUGUCUACUUCACUUUCAUCUGUUGGAGAACUGAACCUGAUAAAAAUAAAAAAAAAAUAGCUUGGGUAAAAUAACUCUCAACAGCUGUUUAACUGUUGGCUUCUAUAUCAGUCUUCAUUCAGCAGUAUGUUGGAUAGUUGUUUUGCCUGGAAGAACUGGCAUAAUUGUGAGUCCCUUUAAUGAUAGAAUCAUUGUGCUAUAAAUUCAUUGUUAAUGAGGAAACAUAAUAAGUAUUAUGGAGUGACAGGUUUCAUUCAGCUGACUAAUGACACUAAAACAAAGAUAGUGCAACAUAUUUACAAUAUGGAACAAAUGUUUCUAAACUUUUAGAAUGUACAAGAAAAAAUUCUUGAGGAACAAGAAGUGAGCUCAUUAUGUAUGUUGUUGGGACAGUAUACUUUUGAACAUGGGCAUGCAGAUGGACAGAAAGGUAUCAACAGGAUCAGCUCUUCUCAUUUGUAACUGUAGCCAUCUUUCUUGCCAUAAUUUUUUUUUAAAGGGGAAGAAAAAGGAAAAGGAUACUUUAAGAGUGAAAAUGCGUUUUCAGUGCUCAGUUCAGUUUUAAUACACAUUAUAUAACUGAAGCUCUCCUCUUUCUGAUUUCCUGUUCUAUUUGUAACAUUGCUACAGUAUUUUCCUGUUGUGCUAAUUGAACUUGAAGCAUAUUCUCCUUGGCAGAAGGAUGGUGAUAGGGGAAUGUCAAGUUUUAGUAAAUAGACGAGAACAGCAGCUGUAUGAGUUUACCUUUGAAGCACUUAAUGAUUGGUAAAAUAAGUUGUAUUAACUAUCACAAUUGGGAAACAUUACCUACUGUGUUACAUUCAUUCCUCAAGGUUUAUUUUGUAAUAUAUAAAUUGGGUCUUAUUUUAUUGUAUAAAAUCUUGAAUCUGUUUAAAAAUUAAACAGACAUUGUAUCUCAGUCAAUUGUCUUCAAAAGAUUAUACAUAGAAUUUCAGUGGGCUAUCAGCCACACUCAGUUGUUAUCUAAAGAGAGAAUGGAGAUUUUGUUAAAGUAAGAGUAUUUGCACCACUGAUUCGGAGCAUUUUCUUGCCACAAGAAAUCAAUUUAUUGUUAGAUAUAUUGCACAGGGUAAACUUUUUUAUUGGUUUGCAGUUGCUACACUUUAUAAUAGGACUUCCUUUCUGGUUUUUUAUUUAUUUUUUUAUUAAAAAAUUGGCUAGAGAUUGUAUAGCUACCCAGCUCACAAUGCAGGCUAGGUGUGCCAAUUUGCUCAUUAGUUAUACUGACAGACCAUCUUAUUUUACUUUCAUACUCAUUGUGUAAAAACAUUUGCUUGUUUUAAAUGAACAGUGAAAGGAUGCAUUGUAUGUUUUAGGACAAACAAAACUAGAUAGUUUAGUGCUGUCUGAAGGGCAUGAGCUUUUAAAACUUAAAAGUAUUCUUGGCACAACUUCAGUUUUUAUUUUUUAUUCAGUUACAAAGUUGGAACUUACUUUUAUUUUUACCGCAGUUGCUGCCUGGAAUGAAACUAUGACAAACGUCUUACCAUGACUACCUGACAUUGUUGAUUUAAAAAAUAAAACAAAAAAGAAACACCACUUACACUGACCAGUAUCAUUUUUAGUGAAAUGGGCAGCAUAUAUUUUAUAAGGGCAAGUUUGAUCAUUGGCAGAAAUCUUAUUUUUAUGUGGCUCAUAAUGUUGUGAUGUCAUCUAAUUUUAAUAUGACGGAUUUUAUCCAGAAUGGUACUUAUUAACACAAAUGUCAUUGAUAUAUUUGCUGUUAGUAUGAUUAUGUACACUGAAAUCUGGAUUUUUUUUUUCAUCAGAGAAAUACUGCAUAGUGAUAACCAUAAUCAGAUUGUGUGCCUUGUUUGAUUUUUUUUUCCUGUCAUUCAGAUGACUGGGGUAUUUCUGAUAUGUCUUUAGUGCUUUUUAUACAGCAGAACAAAGUUUAAUGUGAUGUAUUUGAUGCUGUGAUCCUUAUUGUUUUAGUCAAAGAGUUGUUGUGUAUUUUCUCAUUGAUAAGUGAACUAUGUAAAUUAUCAUGAUUCUGUUGACAUUUAUUAUUUUUGUUAAUUUUAUGCAAUAUCUUUGUACAGAUAUAUUUUAUUUAUAAAAAUUGUUUUGUUUCCAACAUUUGAUUAAUUUUAUGGAAAUCAGCGUCAUGUAAUAUAUAAAUUGCAAAUUGUGAUACAUCAAAUUGAUGUUGAAAAUAUCAUUUCACUGCACUGUUGUCUCUUGAAGACAGCAUAAUUUUUUUCAUAGUAUUCCAUUUUAUAUAAAGAGAAUAUUAUAUGUGUGGCUGUGUUUAUAUGUAUGCUACAAAUAAAAAAUAUUUUAUUUUUUAUGUAA